CGCAGCACAGCCUCUCUACACACACUGCCGCCGUCGCCGCCGUCGCCCUCAAAAUCGGCGAUCCCUCCGCUCCUCCACCCUGCGCCGCGCCUCGUCCUCGAGCGAGCGCCGCCACCGCCUCGCUCCCCAUCCCGCUGCCGAGCGCCCCAGCCCCCUCGCGCGAGCGCCUCCACCGCACCGCAGGCAGCAGGCCAUGUUGCAGGUUUCAUCUUAUACUUUACAGGCAGGAACACUGGUGAUUUUAUAAAGCAGCAUCCUUCUCUUCUGCAUUGAAUAUGUGGACUAACAUUUUCAAAAUUGGGGAGCUUCAGACUGUAUCAUGGUUUCAGUUUCUUCCUGUUGAACAAGAUUCAAGUGCUAUUUCUGAGAGAAGUUCAAAAGCCGAGCAGAAAGAUGCUCUAAAUCGCGUUGUGCUGUCAGCAUAUCUUCACUUACAGAGUGAAGGUUUCCUAAGUACUUGGACGAAUUCCUUUGUUGGUCCGUGGGAUCCAUCUCAAGGAGAACAUAACCCUGAUGAGAAGAUCAAGCUCUGGUUGUUUCUUCCUGGCCGUCAGUUGUCAGCACCUGAAAUGAGCCACCCUGCUGUAGUCAAAUUAAGAGUUGUUUCAAAUGGUUUAUGGGUGGCCCCAGGUAACUCAGAAGAGGUUGCAUCCGCACUAUGUCAGGCCUUAAGAAAUUCUUUGGAGAGAGCACUAAGGGGGCUUUCCUAUGCAAGAUUUGGUGAUGUAUUUACAAAAUACAACCCCCCUACGAGAAAUCAAAACAGCUUUAGGCGAGCACGACCUACAGUAGAAUUUGUCUUUGCUGCCACCGAGGAAGCAAUCUUUGUGCAUGUUAUAAUAUCUGCAAGAUAUAUGCGGAACCUUUGUAGUGAUGAUAUAGAGAAAGUUCUCACGCAUUCCCCCCGUUCUGUCGGUGAAGGUCUUCCAGUUAUUGUUGCUCCUAGCGGGAUGCUGGGUAGGCUUGUUGGCUGUUGCCCAAGUGAUCUUGCGAGACAAGUAUAUUCAAGCAAAUUGUCAGCACCUAAUUUACCAGGUUUUACUCAGCCCACCAUUUGCCAGCUGAGAGGUCAAAGUUACUAUGUUGAAGUUGCCCUUGGGGUUCCAGCUGCCUCAACUGCCAAACUAUCUGAACGAGAAAACAAUCAGGUAAAAAAAGAGUUAGGUUCAGUGGAAGAACCUCAUCUGGGUGCUGAUGGACAGCAAAAGAUAGAAUCUGCUGAUAGCCUUCCUGUUAUUGAAAGGACAUUUAUUUACCCACCCGAGGCUAUUAUGGUACCUAUGGUCCAUCAGGCAUUCGUUCGCUCUUCUAGUAAAAGAAUGUGGUCUCAGGGCUGGAUGGGAAGUUCAUCAUGGGAGGCAUGGCCAUUUUGGAACUUUUCUCCAUCUUCUUACUUUCGGAACAGCUCUUACCUUGGAUCUUCACGUGGACUUGGUGUGAACUCUAAUUUUCUAAGACUAAGAAGACAAAAGAAUAGCAACUGCAACGGAAUGGCUAAUAGUAUCAGUAGUGUCAGUAGCACUUCCAAUGGAAGUAUGCAUGCAGUUGCCGCUAAAGGCGGUGAUCUUUUAGCUGAUGCUGACUCUACAGCAUGCCAUCAGUCUGAUAUGCCAAACGAUGUGUCUGGUAGCAAGAUGGUAUCCAAGCGGUCUCAUUCUGAAAUCACAGAAGUUUCUUCUCAUGCCGGCAAAGAAGUCAGGGAAAACAUGCAAGGCACAAACGGUCAGGGUGGAUGUUCUUGGGGCUGGGGUGAAAAGGGGGUUGUGAUGGACAUCAAUUUACUUCUCUCGGAGUUUGGAGAUUUUAGCGACUUUUUUCAAGAGGAUGAGUUAGAUUUUGGUGAGCCUCCAGGUACCGCUGAAUCACAUACUUUAGUACCGUCUGCUUCGGACUAUGGAGAUGUGACAUUCAUAGAUAGUCCAUCCACAGCUAUGGAUAUACCUGAACAAAGACUGUCUCCAGUUGGUUUCACAUCUUUGGAGGCAUUCAACCACCAAACAAUGUCACCUAUUCAGGAUGUUGCUUCAAAAGUUCAGGAGCCUCAGAAAGAUAUUGCAUCACCUGCAGGGUCCCAAGCCCUAGUGUUAUCAUCUGGUAGAUUUGAUUAUCUCACCAGAGCUGAAGCUACACUCACUUUUGCACCAGAGUAUGCAGCUGUUGAAAUUCCUGUUGGUGAUAUGCCAGCAACACUGUUUACAAAUCCCUACUUGCCUGGAUCCAAAAAACGAGGGAGUUGUGGUUUUAGCUCAAGAGUUUAUUCAUAUGAUGGUACGCAAAGUUCUCAAACUGAGCUUGCAGGAGACAAACUUGAGAAGCCUGUUAAACUAUCGCCAGCUAAUCUUUCUCGUGAUGUUGGUCUAUCAAACUUAUAUACACUUGUCCAAGGCGGGAAGAAAGAGAGUGAUAACAGAUUAAACAAUACAGACGAACAGUCAUGCAAGGGACAAACAUCAAGACCUGUUUCUGGUGAGACUUCAUUUAGUUCUUCUCUGCCUUUGCAAAAGAAGAGUGACAGCAUGCUUAAUGUUGGCCAUUUCCUGCUGUCUAUGAAGACGGCCCUUGCAACUGAAAUUGAAUGCAUCACCUUUCAGUCUGCCAUGUGCAGAAUAAGGCAUACGCUACUGUCUUUGAGAACCAAAGCAUCUGCUGAGUUCAAAAGUUCCUCAUCCAGUUUUUUGCAGACAGACGUCAGCGGCAAGUUAGAUCUCGUUCCAAAAUAUGACGUGAAAAGGAAAGAAAAUAUACCAGCUAGGCUAUCUAGUGAUGUUGACCAUGAAAUGUAUGAUAGAUCCACGCUAGAAAAUGUGGGAGUUUGGAGGCCUGUUGGGGCACCUAAAGGGGCAAAACCCCUUGAGUCUCUGCCUGCUAAAACGUUUACUGGCGCAAAUUCAAGUCUGUCUGUACAAAGACAGCCCAUUGUGGAUCUUCUCAGUGCCAUGGCUCUGCUAGUACAACAAUCCACUUCAUUUGUUGAUAUUGCACUUGAUAUGGAUGAUGGAGAUGGUUCUUUUUUCUUGCUUUCCUUGGAUGAGCAGAAGAGACGCGGAUUCUCUUGUGAUCCUUCUAUGGUUCAUGCUGGCUGUGGUGGACUUCUCGGAACAUGUCAUUCGAAGGAUUGUGCUGGUGUUGAUUUACUUGAUCCGCUGUCUGCAGAGGUUUCAGAGUCAUCCAUGAUUGGCCUGUUGCAGUCGGAUAUAAAAACAGCUCUUAAAGCUGCCUUUGCAAACAUGGAUGGCCCGUUAUCAGUGAUUGAUUGGUGCAGGGGUCGAAGUAAUGCAGCUGAUUCUGCUGCUAUGGGAGAUGCAUACUCUUUCCAGUACUCCACUGGUGAUAUUCGAGAGACUUCAAGUUCUAUACCCAUUGGUGGAGAUGCAAUGAGCCCACCCAGUGACCGAGGCACUUCAGAGCUGGAGCAUCAUAAGGGGUAUCACCGAGUUAGACCAACCAUCGCUGUCCUCCCUUCACCAUCUCUUCUUGUUGGUUACCAGGAUGAUUGGUUAAAGACCUCUGCUAAUUGCCUUAAAUUGUGGGAGAAGGCUCCAUUGGAACCUUUCGCUUCACCCAAGCCUGUUACUUACUAUGCACUGUGCCCUGAUAUUGAUAUGCUUACUUCUGCUGCCACUGAUUUUUUCCAGCAGCUUGGAACAAUUUAUGAAGUUUGCAAACUGGGUACUCAUUCACCACAACACGGUGGAGGACAAAUGGAACAUUCCCCUGGAAAAUAUCUUCCUUCAGGACUUGUUCUCGUUGAAUGUCCUGAUCAAGUGAAGACUCGUAGCAGCCACUCAAUUUCUGUCAGUUCAGUAGCUGAAUAUUUUCAGGCUCUAUCAAAAAAUUGGAGUGUGAACAGCUUUGUAACAUCUCUGGCAAGAAUAAUUAAGGAUAUAAAGCUUACUUCAAGCAUCUCAACAAAUCAGAAAGAGAGCAGUAACAUACCUUGCACUGUAGUUUAUGUGGUCUGCCCAUUUCCUGAACCAUCUGCAGUCCUACAUACACUGGUAGAAAGUUCUGUUGCUCUUGGAUCUGUUGUCUUAUUGCCAGAGAGAGAGAGAAAAUCAUUCCUAUAUGCCCAGGUUGCCAAAGCCCUAAACUGCAGUGCUUCUGUUGAUGAAGCAUCAGCUUCCAAUGUUGUAAUGCUCUCUGGGUUCAGUAUACCGAAGCUUGUAUUGCAGAUUGUUACUGUUGAAACUUUACUGAGACUCCAUAAACCAAAUGAGCUUGCUAUUUUCAAGGACAUCGCGUUUACUGUGUAUAAUAAGGCCCGACGAAUUCCACGGGUUGUUUCCACAAGUGACAUGUUUCAGUCACCUACGUAUAUGAGUAGGCCUCAGUCCACAAUUAUGCACACUGCAUCUCCCGGUCCUACCCUUUGGAAAGAAUGUUUAGUUCCUCGGAUGUCUGGACAAUCUCUCUCUAGAGAAACGGAGUUUGAUGCUUCUAUGAGGUCAGUUUCAUGGGAUAAUUCAUGGCAACCCGGUCGUGCUGUAUUGCCGGACCCAAGCAAAAUCCCAGAUUUAUGUGCUCAGGAUGACAGGAAGUAUGCCUUUGAGCCACUUUUCAUUCUAGCAGAACCUGGGUCUGUUGAUUAUAAUGAUAUGACGGAAUCUUCAAGACCUGGAGUUGAUGCAAGUAGCAGCAGGGUUUACAGCUCAAUUUCAGGUGGUACUGAUAGUGGAGCAAGCCCUCUACUUGAAGGGUCUGAGAAUGACAGUGCUAUAAGUCUUCAUUGCUGUUAUGGUUGGACCGAGGACUGGCGAUGGUUAGUAUGCAUCUGGACAGAUUCUAGAGGAGAGUUAUUAGACAGCUUAAUAUUUCCUUUUGGUGGGAUCAGUAGUCGCCAAGACACGAAAGUUCUCCAAAGUCUUUUCAUUCAAAUUCUGCAGCAGGGUUGUCAAAUAAUGUCAUCUUCACCUGAGGCUAGCAAUACAAGAUCAAGAGAUGUAAUAAUAACCCGUAUUGGAGGUUUUCUUGAACUUGAAAUUCAGGAAUGGCAGAAGGCAAUAUAUGCUUUCGGUGGUAAUGAAGUCAAGAAGUGGCCUGUGCAGCUACGGCGAUCUAUACCUGAUGGCAUUCCAUCAAAUUCUAAUGGUCCUACAAUCCAGCAACAAGAUAUGGGCUUAAUCCAGGACAGAAACAUGCCUUCCUCACCGAGUCCUUUGUACAGCCCUCAUUCAAAAUCUAGCUUCACAAAAGGGCAGUCCGGCAACAAAAAGCAGAUCCUGGUGGAACAAACUGGAAUGGACAGUUCAAGAGGUUCAUUGCACUUGGUUCGUAGCAUCAGUUUAGUUGCAGUUUCUCAAGAUCAUUCAUUGCAUCUUGCAUGCCAAGCGGAUAUAUUAGCCAGACCUACUCCCGGUGAAGGGAAUCAAAGCAGCAGUGGGGUUUCUAGUUACUUGGAAGGAUUCGCUCCAGUCAAGUCCAUCGGGUCAAUGUCUGCAUCGUAUCUCCUGGUUCCUUCACCAAGCAUGCGAUACCUUUCUCCUGCGACAUUACAGCUUCCAACAUGUCUUACAUCAGAAUCCCCGCCACUUGCCCACCUAUUGCACAGCAAAGGGACAGCAACUCCCUUGGCAAUGGGCUACGUCGUCUCCAAAGCUGUCCCACCGGUAAGAAAGAAUUCUGCACAGCUUGCGAAGGAGGACCGGCAUUCUGUUCUCUCUGUUAGCAUCGUUGAUUACUACGGUGGCAGCACCAGCACCGCUAUUCAAGAGAAGAUGAACAGAGGCGGUGGUGGUGGUAACACAAGCAAACAGGCGAGGAACAUAACUCAUGAAACAUCAGCGCGCGAUUACGAGGUGGACAUGCAUAACGUGCUGGAAGCCGUGGCCGCUGAGCUCCACUCCCUUUCAUGGAUGACAGCAAGCCCGGUCUACGCGGAAAGGCGCAGUGCCCUGCCCUUCCACUGUGACAUGGUCCUGAGGCUGAGGAGACUUCUCCACUAUGCCGACCGACAUCUCUCUCAACCAGCAGAGAAGGGAGAGGUAGCUUAGAUAGAGAUGAGAGGCAAGAACUAACUCAACUUGGAUCAUAUGUAUGCUGCUCAACCCACCGUUCUUCAUCGAACGUGUGUAUGUAUCUAGGCAGGUAGAUAGGUAGGUGAUGAGCAACGUUGAUGAAGAGCUCUCUAGCCCUUUUUUCCCUUGAUAAGCAAGGUUGCUAAUUUCUUGGGUUGAGGAUGUAAUUAAGCGCGAACAGCGAUACCUCUCCCUUGAAUAGUUGUAUCAUUGUAGAAACAGUGAUACCUCUCCCUCGAAUAGUUGUAUCAUUUUAGAAACUGAUUAGCAACACAAUUGUAUACCCCAUUUUGGUUAGAUCGGCUGGUAUUUGGUCCUUUGUUCUGUUUAGAUUGGUUCGCACAGCACAACAUUGAAAUCCUUUGGUUCA